CUGAACGUUUUGUCUACUUUCUUCUGCUACAUUUACAUUUCUAAUAGAGGUUUACGAACGUGUGUUGUAGUGCUAGCAUGACUUGAUUUUGCCGUGAGUGAAGAUUUUCAUUAGGCUAAGAAUAGACUGUCUGCAUUCAGCUAGCUGCCCUGUUUUUUCUUUUUGGCGGUUUAACAUGGCCUGUUGGAGGUGUAUGAUUUGCUUUGUUUUUGUUGCCUUAACAUUGAAGUCUCUCUUAAGCCAUAUUAACAAAACACAUAGCCGCAGUCCAAACUUCCGAGUCAUAUGCGGAAUAGAUGGUUGUACAGAGGAAUACAGAGUCUUUAACUCUUUUUACUACCAUAUCAGACGCACUCAUGCUCUGUAUCUUGCGACUGGGAACCCUCCUACCCAGUGGAUGACAGCAGCAUCAUCUGACUUAUCACAUGCUGCAGGUGAACAUUUUGACAUACCAGUUUUUUCUGACUGUGCCACUAAAACACAAGGAAUGCAAAGGACCGACAGUGAGGUCAACAUACCUGUCAUUCCAAAUGAAAUGUCAAGUCCGGAGCUUGAGGAUUUCCAGACUCCAAAUACUGAUAAUCAGGAAGGAGCUGCUACAGCAAGUGAAAAUCUCGUCAGAUGUGCAGCUGCAUUUACCAUCAGUGUCCGGGAAAGAUGUCACCUAUCCCAGAGGGGUGUCAACAGUAUUGUCUCUGGAGUCCAGCAGUAUCAAACUGCUCUUCUCAGUACCAUGAAGGACACCAUGAAGUCGCUCUUUCAAAGACAUUCAGACAAUAUGGAGCAGCUACAAGAGGCAGUAUUGGCAGAACUGGAAAAUUUUCAAGAUCCUUUCUCCAUGAUGGCUUCCACAUACAUUCAGGACAGCACAAUCCAGAGGCUUUUUAACCCAGUCAUACCAGAGGAGGUAGUUAUGUCUCAAAAGGUUUGCAGAGUUAACAAAGGACAGUCAAGAGUAAUUGCCAUCAAAAACAGAAGUUUUUACUAUAUACCCCUUAUUAGGAGCCUUGAACAGUUGUUGUCCAAUUCCAGGAUUUUUGCCAUGAUCAACACCGCACCUCAGAGUUGCCACAAAGAUGGGUUUUUGUAUGACAUUAUUGAUGGGAGCAUUUAUAAAUCCCAUCCACUGUUUUCAAAAGAACCUUCUGCUUUACAGAUAAUUUUGUAUGCUGAUGAAAUAGAGAUAUGCAAUCCUCUUGGGUCACAUGCUUCAGUAAAUAAAUUAUUCAUGUUUUAUUAUACUUUAGGAAACAUAGACCCCAAGUUUAGGUCAAAGCUUGCUGCAAUCAGACUCCUUGCUAUAGCAAAAGCUGAUGAUAUUGACAAAUGUGGUGUUGAUUUUGUAUUACAAAGGAUUAAUGAAGACUUAAAGUUGCUCUAUAAUGGUGUCAAAAUCCAAACACAGCGUGGUAGCAUGGAUUUAUUUGGUGCUGUAGUUUCGGUCUGUGGUGACACACUUGCCCAACAUGAGCUUGCUGGUUUCAAGGAAGGAGUUGGUUUUGCAUAUAGUAAGUGUAGGCAUUGUGAAUGUACCUUUGAUGAAAUGCAAAUUAAUUUUAAUGAACUAAGUUUUACUAAAAGGACAAUGAAAAAACAUAUUAAGCAGUGCUGUGAAAUAGAAAAGGCUUGCACAGACUUCUUGAAAUCAUCUCUCAAAACCACCUAUGCGAAGGCUCGCCCUGUCGUGGAACGGCUAAAGGAGAGGGGAGACUCAGCAGAGCAGGUAUCCAGCAUGGACCCAGAUCUUCUUAGAUCUUCUGGAAGCAGAAGGAACCAUCUCGACAAGAACGCGUUGUGGGCUGAGGACGCCACCUGGACUGGGAUCGAGUCGUUUGAGGGGCCUUCACGACAUGAUGACAUCACAUACGUGGCUCCUGGGAGCUGCUUCCCCAGCCAGUGGGAGUUCUGA